AUGGCUACCGCAAUUAUCCCCAAGACCUGCAAGGUCAUCCUGGCCGAUUCUAUCGCCAAGAAUCUCCUCGCCGAAGUUCACAGCCUCCUUGAGGAAGUCCAGAAGGCCCAGGGUACUGACCGCCAGCUGUGCCUGGCGGCCUUCCUGGCCAACAAUGACCCUGCCGCAGUCAAGUAUGCAGAGUGGUCGCAGAAAACCUGCCAAGAGAAUGGCUUCGCCUUCCAGCUGUACCAUGUCGACAAUCAGGAGCUGGAGGAAGAGAUCAGCCGCGCCAAUAACGACGACUCGAUUGACGGUAUCAUUGUUUACUACCCAAUCUUUCCCGGUAACCCGACCCACGAUCGCUACAUCCAAGAGACCGUUUCUUUAGCCAAGGACGUGGAGGGCCUUUGCCAUCGCUACCUCUACAACAUGUAUCAUAACGUGCGCUUUCUCGAUCCUCCUACAAACCAGUUCAAGUCUGUCCUGCCUUGCACGCCGCUGGCCGUGGUCAAGAUUCUGGAGCACUUGCACGUGUACAACACAGUCAUCCCCUACGGCAACCGCCUGUAUGGCAAGACCAUUACUGUCAUAAACCGCUCCGAGGUCAACGGCAGGCCGCUUGCUGCCCUUCUUGCCAACGACGGUGCGACGGUCUACUCGGUCGACCUCACUGGCGUUCAGGUUUUCACGCGCGGCCAAGGCAUCCGCCAGCCGCGCCACCAAGUGCUUGACAAGCCGGCGGACUUCAAGCUUGAGCACUGCCUGCCGCUGUCAGAUGUGGUGAUCUCGGGCGUGCCCUCGGAGUCGUUCAAGGUCCCGACGGAGCUGCUGCGUGAAGGCGUGGUGUGCAUCAACUUUUCAUCCUUUCGCAAUUUUGAUGGUCCGGCGGUCAAGGAGAAAGCGUCGAUCUACGUGCCGUCCGUUGGCAAGGUGACCAUCGCCGUGCUUCUUCGCAAUCUUGUGCGCCUUACGGUAACACGGAAGGCCAACUAA